AUGGCAAAUCUUAUCAAACUUCAAUAUGUUGCCCUUCGAUUGGAUGGAGAAAAUUAUUCUGAAUGGGCAUUGGACACAGUUCUCCAUCUGCAAUCAAUGAACCUUGGAGAAACAUUAAAUGAAGGAAAUAAUACAUCCCAGCAGGAUAAAUCUAAAACUACUAUUUUCCUUCGUCAUCAUAUCCACGAAGGGCUACGAGCAGAAUACGUGGAUAUUAUGGAUCCACUGGAAUUAUGGAGAAAUCUGAAAGAAAGAUUUGAUCAUCAUAAAUCAAUUACAUUACCAAUGGCCCAAUAUGAAUGGACUCAUUUACGCUUACAAGAUUUUAAAUCUGUAAGUGAAUAUAACUCUAACAUGUUCAGAAUUGUCUCCCGAAUGAGACUAUGUGGAGAAAAAAUAACUGAAGAAAAUAUGUUAGAAAAAACUUUCUCCACAUUCCAUCCCUCAAAUAUGCUCCUGCAGCAGCAAUAUAGGGAAAGAAAUUUUAAAAAAUAUUCUGAACUGAUAUCCUGUUUAUUGGUGGCUGAGCAAAGUAAUGAAUUAUUAUUAAGAAAUCAUCAGACUCGCCCCACUGGUACUGCACCGUUCCCUGAAGUGAACGCAACUACUAGUAGUAGUUAUCGUGGGCGCAGACGAGGUCCUGGACGAAAUAAGUUUCGAUCCAGAGGUGGUCAUAAUAGAAAAUCUUUCCACCUUCAAAGGACUAGAGAUGAAGCAAAACAGGAUAAAGGGAGAAUGAUACAGAGUAAACCACAGAAUCAUGAUAGUAAAUGUUAUAGAUGUGGUUCAAAAGGUCAUUGGUCACGUACCUGUCGUACGCCAAGACAUCUGGUAGAUUUAUACCAAGCAUCUAUUAAAAAUGCAGACCAGAAGAUCGAAACAAAUUGUGUUGAGAAUCCAGACCCUGUCGAUCUAGCAAACUUUGAUCUUUCAGAAUUUCUUCAAGACUAG